UAAGUUAGGACAAGUCUUGGUCGCCUUGGGCCUCAAAAUUUUGAGGCCCACAGGGGAUGGUAAAAAAACAGAGUUAGGGCAAGUUUCAGACGACACGAUCUGCUUCCACACCCCGCAGGACGCAGCCUCCGCUAUCGCCUCAGGUGACAAGCAGGACACUUUUCUUAGGAUCUCGUGAGGUUAUUUGCCUUGAACCUGAAUCAAAUCAUUGCAUAUUGAGAAGCUCAAAGAGACCAACACAAAUCGGCGGCGAUUAGAUCAGCGGACGACUACAGUUGCAAGUCAUGGAGGAACAGUUCAUACUGAGAGUUCCACCUUCAGUUGCCGAGCGGAUAGAACACCUUUUGAAUGAGAAUACUUCUUCUGAGGAUAAGUCAUUGGAUUUGUCUUUCUCCGAGGAUGGGAGGAAUGGCACAUUUGGCAUAGGCAACGAUCAUUUUUCCGCGUCCCUCUUGGAUCUCCCUUGCAUUGUGGAAUCAUACAAAACUUAUGAUGAUAAUGUGCUGAUCAAAACUGCAGACAUUGGUCAAAUGAUUAUGGUGAGAGAAGAGGGAGAUACUGCUCCAGAUGUGGUGGAAUACAGGCAUGGCCUCGCUCCUCCAAUGAGGGAUGCUCGAAGGCGAAGGUUUCGUAGGGAGCCUGAUCUAAAUCCUGAGCUCGUACGACGUGUUGAGAAGGAUUUGCUGAACAUCAUGGCUGGUGGAACAGCUGAGAAUGUUGAUGUUGAAAUGGCUGAGCAGGAGGAAGUUGGUGAUGGGAAUGCUCGUAAUGCAAGUAAGAAACCUGCACCUACUCCUGCAGCAAAGCCUGAUGUUCAGGAUACUGGAACAAAUGCCGGGGAGCCUGAUGGAAGUGAUUCAGAUGAUUCAGAUGAUUCAAUAUAAAUAAAAAAUUUUGAUGUAGAAAUAUGUAUAUGUUGAACAUAAGCUGUUAUUUGUGAUUUUCGCAUUCGCCAUUUAGAUCUGGAUGUAGUUUGCUAUUAUACAAUAUCUAUUUCAUUGCCGUCAGCUGAAAACCCGCCAUUUCGAUCUGGUUGUAGCAUACUUUGCCAUAUUAUUACUGUGUUGUGUAGCAUUUUUCCAUUUCUGUGUUGUUGGAAACCUCAAGUGAUGUGAUUUUUCGUCUUUAACAGCAAAGCUUGUAUGACAAUGAUCAGUUAAGAAUGACGGAAACUUAUCCUUAUCUUGAA